AUGGACGAAUCCAGAGCAAGCCAGACUCCCUACCGUCAAAUCCGAGCGAAACACGACGAGAAUACAGUCACCGUCUACCAAGCAUAUAGCGCCGAAAUAGCCAUUCCGGCAGUCAAGUCUCAGAAACUCAGCGCAUCCCCAAGCUUCAGCACAACACGCAUGACAUGGAUCAAGCCAUCCUGGGCUUGGAUGCUCUACCGCAGCGGCUACUCGUACAAGGACUCCAGACAGACACAUAUCCUGGCUCUGACCUUGAGUCGCCAGACCUUUGUCUCUCUUCUGAGGACAGCGAUGGUGCACGGGAAUGAAGCCCAUGAUGGAAACGCGAAUCUCGGAGCUGAACGGAGGAUAAAGAAGGAAAGAGUGAGAGUGCAGUGGGAUCCUGAGCGCACCGUGAGGUUAGGGAAGCUGCCGUAUAGGAGCAUACAGAUAGGCGUGCCCGGAGGAUUGGUGGAUGAGUUCAUGGAGGGCAUCGUCCGCAUUGAAGAUGUCACGGAGAAGGCACGGAAAUUGAAGAGUGUACUUGACGAGGAUGUGAAGACCAAGCUGGGAAUGGAGGAUUUAAAGAGGAUGGAGUUGUCUCCGGAAGAGACGGAGGUUGAGAUUGAUGACGAGUUGCGAAAGAUUCUACGUAUGGAUGUAAAUGAAGAGGUAUCAUGA